AAAUUUACAAUGUAAAAAAAAAUCAUAAAAACAAAAAAAACACAUUCAAUGAGAAGAGGUGUGUACAAAGUUGUAUUGUUGACUGUUCCUGUUUAUAUUCUGAAAUCCGAGAUCCACAUUGGUUUGAUGAAGUAGGUGGAAAAUUCAUUUGGAUUAAAUGUAAUUGUAUUAUCUAGGUUUAAAAAAAAUCCAUUGCCUAUACUAACAUUUUAAUAGUGUGUGAUUUUGUGCUGCAGAACUUUUAUUUUGACAGCUAGUUUCCAGCUUCACUUCCUGUAGGAGCUCUACAGCUGGAUUGUUUUUGGAGCUUUAUCCCACAGACCUGGAGAAACAGGAUCAUCUGAACUGUAGAAGAAUACAUGCCUCCCUAUUCAAAGUAUGCUACUGCCUCUAAAGUUGGCUUUUCUCUCCACAAACAACCAAUCAAAUUUAACUAAGAUCAAUGUCAAGCUGCCAAAUGCGGUUAAGAACAAGGCAUCCAAAAGAAUGUUCAGUCCCCGCUAAAGUUAUUUGCAACAUCACACAGAUGAAUGAUGGCAAGUCUGGGAAAGAUGAAAACUUACCCCUAUUCAGACUGUGGGAAGAGUUUUACUCAACAAAGUGAUCUUGAAAUACACCAGCGCAUUCACACAGGAGAGAAACUGCAACAAUACUCAGACUGUGGGAAGACUUUUAAUCAGUUGAAUACUCUGAACACACACAUGUGCAUUCACACAGGAGAGAAACCCUAUUACUGCUCAGACUGUGGGAGGAGUUUUAACAGAUUGAGUACUCUCGAUAGACACCGGCGCAUUCACACAGGAGAGAAACCGCAUUCAUGUUCAGACUGUGGGAAGAGUUUUAAUUUUCAGAGUGAUCUCAAAUCACACCAGCGCAUUCACACAGGAGAGAAACCAUAUUCUUGUCCAGAAUGUGAAAGUAGUUUUAGUCGACUGAGUCAUCUCCAGCGACACCAGCUCAUUCACACAGGAGAAAAACCAUAUCAGUGUUCAGACUGUGGAAGAACUUUUAAUCAACUGAGUGCUCUCAACACACACCAGCGCAUUCACACGGGAGAGAAACCAUAUUACUGCUCAGAGUGUGGGAAGAGUUUUAAUCUACUGGGUAAUCUCAAUACACACCAGCGCAUUCACACAGGAGAGAAACCGCAUCAGUGUUCAGACUGUGGGAAGAGUUUUAAUAGACUGAGUACUCUCCAGAGACACCAGCGCAUUCACACAGGAGAGAAACCGUAUCACUGUGCAGAGUGUAAGAAGUGUUUUACUGCACAGGGUGAUCUCAAAAAACACCAGCGCAUGCACACAGGAGAAAAGCAACAUCACUGUUCAGACUGUGGGAGGAGUUUUACUCAGCAGAUUAAUCUCAAAACACAUCAGCGCAUUCACACAGGAGAAAAACCGUAUUACUGUUCGGAGUGUGAAAAGAGCUUCAUGCAUUCAAAUACAUUUAAGAAACACAAGUGCAGUAAGAACAGUCACUGAAAUCUGCAAAAAUCUUUUUUACAGCCCACAGUAACACAGCAAUGCCCUGCAAAAACAAACAAAACCAAUCAAUCUCAAAUUUGUAAAACAAAACAAAAAAAUAAGAGGGGGUUUGUCUUUAAUAAAAAAAAAAUGUGAUCAGCAGUGCUGCUGGAGUUUAUAAACACUGUGGCUGAGUCAAGAAACUUUUGCUACUCCUCCUCUCCUCCUUUCCUACUGAGGAGCAGCAGGAAAAGGAGCAGUAGUUGGGGAAAUGGGACAGCUGAUCCCUUUUAAAAGAAUGUUGACUACUGAUGAACUGAGCCCAUCAAAAUCCUUUAUUUCAGCAUACACCUAAUACAUGCCAAUCAAAUAAAGAGAAAGUCUUUUAUGUAAUUUAUUUUAUUUAUCUCUCUUUUUUAAAUUGUUAAUAAGAAGUGCUGAUAUAUGUUCUACAGUCAUGUAUGUGUUUUAAUUUGGAAAUAUGUUUCUGGCUGGUGGACUAUUCUCAGAAAGGAAGAUAAAGUAUGUAGAGAAACUCAUGGACUGAAAUAUAGAACUACAACAUGCUUCUGUAUGUUCAUUAGAGGUGGUCAUAAUAUUGUGACUGGACUAGAUACUUUAAAAGCUCUAUUUGGAGAUGCUGUGUCCGCCUUUGCUCUUCAAAUAUUUCUGUGGACAUUACAACCAUUUUUGGAAUGUAAUGAAGGCCAAAAUGUGCAUAUUAUUAAAUGAAGUUAACAAGAUAAAACAUGAAAUAUCUUGUGGUCA